AUGGCAACUAUCCCCAACGCGCUUUCCGUUCUCUCUACCGUAGCCACGCAAUACUUGGCUUCCCAAGCUCAAGCUCACAACGGCACUCAAGGCGCCCCCCGUGCAGCCGCAGCAGGGCCCGCAAACCUAUGUGAUUCGUGUCAUGCAAAGCCAAAGUAUUUUGAUGGGACGAAGACCCAUGCGUAUUGUGGCAAACGGUGCGCUGCCAAGAUUAAGGGCGCCGCCAACGGAAACGGAGGUGGAAAUGUGAACGUCACUCGCAAGCCGACUACCAAGGCCCCUGCUAACGGUGCAGCCCGCGGGGGUAUGUGCGAUUCCUGCCACAAGAAACCCAAAUACUUUGAUGGAAAGACGACACAUCAAUUCUGCGGGAAAUCAUGUGCACAGCGUGCCAAAGCUCAGGGUGCUGCAGGCCCAGCACCAGCGGCAGGUCCAGGUCCAAAGUUUGUCCAACGGCUUCUCGAAUUAUUCUCGUCGAAGGUUAACGCUUUGCCAUCUAGCGCAGCGAAUCGUAACGGUGGUGGUGGUGGUGGUGGUGGUGGUGGUGGAGGAGGAGGGGCGUGCUUGGUGUGUGGUAAAGUCUCGAAGAAAGGUGGUGUAUUCUGCCGAAAAUCAUGCGCUGAUAACGCUGAGAGAAGGGCGCCAACGAUAUUGGAGGUGCCAGCUUCGCAUCCUUCGUUUGCAAGUGUCGCAGGCCAGUUUAAGUCGUCGUGGAGGCACAAGACGGCUUGUCCGGCUGUGAGGAGAGUUUAUAAAGUAAUCACGCCGCAGGCUUCUCUGGCCAGAUACGACGCAUACCGCGCCUCUGUCGAGUCCCGUGGCAACUUUGCAGCCUCGGGGCGUACGGCAGGAAACGAGAACCGUCGAUGGCACGGGACGACGCGUGAGUGCACGCUCGGCGACAACGGCAACUCGACGCUGUGCGGCUCUGCUACGUGUUCAUUGUGCUCGAUCAUCAGUACAUCGUAUUGCCUGAAGUUAUUUGGGAAGAAGACGGGGUGGGGCAGAUUCGGCGCGGGGAUAUAUACGUCGUCGACGUCAUCAAAGUCGAAUGAUUAUUCCAACAACACACAGCCAUCUAAUUGCAAGACUAUCCUACUGAACAAGGUUGUUGUUGGUAAAGGAUACAAGAUGACUCAAGACAACACGAAGCUGACAGCGCCACCUGCUGGUUAUGAUUCGGUGCUAGCAGAAGUUCGUCUUGGUGGCUCUCUCAACUACGACGAACUCAUUUGCUAUAAUGAGGAUGCUAUACGGCCUUCAUAUCUUGUUGUAUACGAUGCUUAAUCUAUUGUGCUCUCUUCAUAACAUCAUAACAGACGAUUUCUGCAUGCCAAUUUCUUUUGUUGACACCUGUAACUUGUAGCAGAUAUACCCUAUGCACAUGUAGCUGUAUUAUUUGGGCGGUCGGAUUCUAGUGUAACUACAAUGUAUUUAUCCUUGCAUAUGCUUUCGUUGCAAUUUAUCGUUGACAUUAUGACACA